UCAGGUUGCUCAGCAAGCAUAACAGUAUUGAUUGGUCCUCCAGUCUGCCAGUCAUUGUCUAGCUCUACUAUCACGCAAGUGACGCCCUAGUUUCUGCAGGUGCAACACUGGGUACUACUGCAACGGAGCUACAGAUAAAACAGACAAUUCACGAUGGCCUCAGCAACAGCCACCUAUGGACAGAAGGAGUCCUCCGACCAGAACUUCGACUACAUGUUCAAGAUCCUGAUCAUUGGCAACAGCAGUGUGGGUAAAACCUCCUUCCUGUUUCGCUAUGCUGAUGACUCCUUCACGCCGGCUUUCGUCAGCACGGUGGGCAUCGACUUCAAGGUGAAGACCAUCUACAGGAACGACAAAAGGAUAAAGCUGCAGAUCUGGGAUACUGCCGGACAGGAGCGCUACAGGACCAUCACCACGGCCUACUACAGAGGAGCCAUGGGCUUCAUCCUCAUGUAUGACAUCACCAACGAGGACUCCUUCAACGCCGUGCAGGACUGGUCCACCCAGAUCAAGACGUACUCCUGGGACAACGCCCAGGUCCUGCUGGUGGGAAACAAGUGUGACAUGGAAGACGAGAGGGUGGUGGCAGCAGACAGGGGCCGGCAGCUCUCUGACCAACUUGGCUUUGAGUACUUUGAGUGCAGUGCCAAGGACAACAUCAACGUCAAGCAGACGUUUGAGCGGCUGGUGGACAUCAUCUGUGAGAAGAUGUCGGAGAGCUUAGACAACGCCGACCCCGCCGUCACAGGGGCCAAACAGGGGCCCCAGCUCACCGAGCAGCCCGAACGCCCCCACCAGGACUGUGCUUGCUAAACACCCACUACACACGUACCACACACACCUGACCCCUCACACACCCCUUCCUACAGCCUCCUCAGCUGGUGGAAGAGGUCUGUGAUGGGUUUGUGUUUUAGAUGGAAGAGCCUGGCUGAAUACUCCGUUAUUCCAUAUUUCAGUCCCCCGUCCAUCCAUAGGUGUUUAGAGUCCAAAGUUCACAUUCUGACUCCCCUUACUGCGGCCUCGAACCUGAAGGGAUUUCAUGUAUUUUUUUUGAAGGGCCACAUUGCUGAUGAUCUGUUUACUGUUGAGAGCUUUGUUGUUUUUUUCGAUGUCCUCGAUUAGCUGGUUAACAAUCAAAUCCAUUUAAGUGGCGUGAGUGAGGUAUGUUCUAAGUCCACAUUUUGGAUAACAAAUGUUUUUACGAGAUUUGUUUUUUCAAACAUAUCUGACCAAAAUCCCAUGCAUAUCGGUUAUCAGUCAUGGUCAUUUCCUAAUAUUCUAUCAUUGCUGGAUGUAAGAAAAAGAGAACUUGAUGAUGUGGUCCCUGUCCCAGUUUUUUUUUUUUUAUUGUUAUUUUUUUAACUCAUCUUUUUUUUUUUUUUAGCAAACCUAGAAAAGUGUCUAAGUAGAAGAGUAUAUAUAAAUGUUCAACUUCGUAAUAUAAUAAAUAUGCAUUUUAGAAUUCUAAAAUAUAUAAACAAAUGGUGUAAAAUUACAAUAAUUUAAAGGUGUAAAAAUAUCUGUGCUUUGUGAGAGGUGCAUGUUGUAUUUUAUUUUUUUUUUUUUUACCAUGGAACGUCUAAGAGCUGUUGGACACGUCCCGCUGAAUCAAACUGGCUUGUUUGUUUCGCUGUUAGGGUCGUGUGAACAACAGUUGAAAAUGUAGCUUCUUAUUCCUUGUCAGUGUGCAUCACUGCUAUUCUACAGCACAAUCGCCUCUAAUUCAUGUGUAUGACACGAGCACACACACACACAGUCAGGACAACACUGGGCUACUGCACCCAUAUACUACAACACUGACCAAUGUUAACAUCACAUUCCAAUCUCUUUCCCAUAGUCCGUUUGACUUAUUUAUUUUUGGGAUUUUUUUUUUUUUUUUUUUGCAUGUUCAAUGUCAUGUUUGUGUGAUUUUGGUCUGUUUCAGUGUAGAGAUAAUUGCUUGUUGGUAUAUACAUGAGGAUAACGUAGUCAAUGAAAUGCACUCAGGCACAUUAAGGUAUUUGGUCAGUUAUGUCACGACCAUCUAUAUUUACACACAGUAUUAUGUCUUAUUUUUUUAGAUGCGCUCUAUCACGGUUGGAAAAAAUACUUAUCAGUAUUGUGUGGGGGGGGGGGGGUUGAAUUGGGUUGACAUACUCCUGCCCGAAAACACUUACAUUCCACUGUAUGUUCUCCUGAUUAUGUACAAGCUGUUUCAAGGAACUGCUUUUACUUCCAUUUUCCAUGUUUCUAAGCCAACUGAACCUUUUAGGGUGGGUGUAGUACCAGUGUGAAUACUGUAUUACUCUCAGAGAAAUACUGUGUCAUUGGCCAGCCUGGUUCUCCAAUAUUAACUGCCAACAAACCUGCUAAAGGUCAUGUCUGUUACAAAUACUGUUUGUGUUUAGUCUUAAGGCAGCUUUGCUUUCAUGUUUUUUCCAAAGACGUCCCAAUUAGACUACCAAGCCAAAAAUGACACCCACUAGGACAAGACUUGUUUGACAUGUUUUUGGAGCUGCACUGAGUAAAAGGCCUGUAGUACAAGAGAAGCAUUUGGUAUGUAUGCCUACUCCCUGUGGCAGUUUCCAAUAAGGGAGAAGUAUAAUCGGUACUUUUUUAUUUAACUUAGCAAGUCAGUUAAGAAAAAAUAUUAUUUACAACGAUGGCCUACUGGGGAAAAGUGGGUUAACUGCCUUUUUCAGGGGCAGAACGACAGAUUUUUACCUUGUCAGCUCGGGGAUUUGAUUACUAGCCCAGCUCGGGAUUUGGUUACACGCCCAACGCUCUAGCCACUCGGCAACCUGCGCCCCUAAUCACUUCCUAUUAAACAACUUUAGUUUUCUUUGUUGAUUUUGUGUUUUGCUGUAAACUUGCCUCUGACUUAGGUAUGUGUCCAAUUCAGCUUUCUUAGCUCUCCUCCCUUCCUUCAUCUUGUAAAUAAGCAUUUUUUUGUUGGGUUUUAGUCUUGAAUUGUGCUGUAAUACUGUAACUCCAGGUUUGCUAAAACCAAGGAAUUAAUAAACAAAAUAUAAAAGCA